AUGCGGCUGGCGCUGCUCUGGGCCCUGGGGCUCCUGGGCGCGGGCAGCCCCCUGCCCUUCCCGUCGCCUCCAGGGACAGGCGGCGCCAAGGAGGAGCAGGCGAUUCCAGAGACUACCCUGAGUGUGCCCCGGGAACCCCAAGUCCUUCAGGACAACCUCACACUCAGCCUGGCUGAGGUGCUGCAGACCAGCCUGCCGGAGACUUUACGGAUCAGAUUGGAAUUGGAUGGUGAGAGUCAUGUCCUGGAGCUGCAACAGAAUAGGGAGCUGGUCCCAGGCCACCCAACCGUGGUGUGGUACCAACCCGAUGGCACCAGGGUGGUCAGUGAGGGGCACACCCUGGAGGACUGCUGCUACCAGGGCGGCGUGCGGGGCCACGCAGACUCCUGGGCCUCCGUCUGCACCUGCUCCGGGCUCAGGGGCUUGGUGAUCCUGUCCCCCGAGAAAAGCUACAGCCUGGAGCUGAGGCCUGGGGACCUUCAGGGUCCCCCCAUUGUCUCCCGGAUCCAGGAUCUCCCAGCGCCGGGCCACUCUUGCACCCUGAGCUCACGUGAACCAGAGCGCCCCCUGGGACAGAGCCACAGGCGCCGGCGGAGGCGGGAUGUGGUGACCGAGACGAAGAUUAUUGAGCUCAUGGUGGUAGCUGACCAUUCAGAGGUCCAGCGGUACCCAGACUUCCAGUACCUGCUGAACCGUACCCUGGAGGUGGCGCUCCUCCUGGACACGUUCUUCCGGCCCCUGAAUGUACGCGUGGCCCUCGUGGGCCUGGAGGCCUGGACGCACAAAGACCUGGUAGAGAUAAGCCACGACCCGGGCGUCACGCUGGACAACUUCCUUCGCUGGCGCCGCACCAGCUUACUGCGCCGUCUGCCCCACGACAGCGCCCAGCUGGUGACAGCUACUUCGUUCUCUGGGCCCGUGGUGGGCAUGGCCAUCCAGAACUCCAUCUGCUCUCCUGACUACUCGGGAGGCGUGAACAUGGACCACUCCGUGAGCAUCCUGGGAGUUGCCUCCUCAAUAGCCCAUGAGCUGGGCCACAGCCUGGGCCUGGACCAUGACCCACCUGGGAACAGCUGCCCCUGCCCAGGCCCCGCCCCCGCCAAGAGCUGCAUCAUGGAGGCCUCCACGGACUUCCUGCCCGGCCUGAACUUCAGCAACUGCAGCCGCCGGGCCCUGGAGAGAGCCCUCCUGGACGGGAUGGGCAGCUGCCUCUUCGAGCAACUGCCCCGCCUGUCCUCCAUGGCGACUGUCCAAGGAAACAAGAUGGUGGAGCUGAGCAAGCAGCACAGCUGUGACUUCCCGGAUGACUGCACCGACCCCUGCUGUGACUACAUCACCUGCCAGCUGAGGCCCGGGGCACAGUGUGCGUCCGACGGACCCUGCUGUCACAACUGCCAGCUGCGCCCGGUGGGCUGGCCGUGCCGUCCAAAGAGAGGGGACUGUGACUUGCCUGAGUUCUGCCCCGGAGACAGCCCCCAGUGCCCUCCCGACGUCAGCCUGGGGGACGGCGAGCCGUGUGACGGCGGACAGGCGGUGUGCGUGCGAGGGCGCUGUGCUUCCUACGCCCAGCAGUGCCAGGCUCUCUGGGGGCCGGGAGCCCAGCCCGCCGCUCCCCGCUGCCUCCUCGCUGCCAAUACGCGGGGGGACGCCUUCGGGAGCUGUGGGCGCGGUCCUGCCGGCGGCUACCUGUCCUGUGACCCGAGAGAUGCCGUGUGCGGGCAGCUCCAGUGCCGGGGGGGCCUGGCCUGGCCUCUGCUGGGCUCAGCCCGGGAUCUGCACUGGGAGGUACUGGACGCCAACGGGACCCGGCUCAACUGCAGCUGGAUGCACCUGGACCUGGGCAGCGACGUGGCCCAGCCGCUGCUGGCCCUGCCCGGCACGGCCUGCGGCCCCGGCCUGGUGUGCAUCGACCAUCGAUGCCAGCCCCUGGACCUCCUGGGAGCACAGGAAUGUCGCAGCAAGUGCAACGGGCACGGGGUCUGCGACAGCAACAGGCUCUGCCACUGUGAGGAGGGCUGGGCGCCCCCUGACUGCAGUGCCCGGAUCAGAGCCUCCAGGUCCCUGACCACAGGACUGCUCCUCAGCCUCCUGUUGCUGCUGAUCUUGGUGCUGCUUGGUGCCAGCUACUGGUACCGUGCCCGCCUGCGCCAGCGACUCUGCCAGCUCAAGGGACCCAGCUGCCAGUACAGGGCAGCUCAGCCUGGUCCCCCAGAACGCCCUGGACCCCCGCAGAGGGCCCAGCUGAUGCCAGGUGUCAAGCAGGCUAGUGCUCUUGGCUUCCCGGCACCCCCUUCACGGCCACUGCCUCCUGACCCUGUGCCCAAGAGACUCCAGGCUGCGCUGGCUGACCGACCUAAUCCCCCCACCCGCCCUCUGCCCGCUGACCCAGUGGUGAGGCACCCGAAGUCUCAGGGGCCUGCCAAGCCCCCGCCCCCGAGGAAGCCACUCCCGGCAGACCCCCAGGGCCUGUGUCCUGCAAGUGACCAGCCUGGUCCAGGAGCUGGAAUCCCGCCCCUGGUGGUACCUUCCAGGCCUGCACCACCGCCCCCAGCUAUGCCCUCCCUCUACCUCUGA